AUAGAUGGUUUUGCAGCCCUAGCUGGUGCCAGCUGAUCCGUCGAAUAUUUUUUGCAAAUUUUGUUUGAAUUGUUUGAAUGUCGCUGCUCCGGAAUAUUUCAAACAGCUUUUGCAGCAGUUUUCGACGAUAUGCCAGCAGCGGCUGCACCAUAUACAGCCUCAGCUCGGGCCACGUCAAGUGUGGCGUCUCCGUGAUACGCGUCUCCGGUCCACAGACAAAGAGGGCCCUCCGCGCCAUAGUUGGAUGCAAUGAGUACGAGCCGAAGGCGCGGCAGGCGUAUCUGAAGUCAUUUUUCCAUCCCAUCAGCAAGGAAAUGAUCGACAGGGGCCUGCUGCUGUGGUUUCCAGGUCCAGCCUCCUUCACCGGCGAGGAUGCUUGCGAGUUUCAGGUGCACGGCUCCCUGGCAGUCAUAGCAGCCAUGCUGGACGCGCUUGGGCGGCUGGAUGGACUGCGACCGGCGGAGCCUGGAGAGUUCACGAAGCGUGCUUUCUUUGGCGGCAAACUGGACCUAACAGAGGUCGAGGGUCUGGCGGAUCUCAUUCACGCCGAGACCGAGGCACAAAGGAAGCAAGCACUGCUGCAGAGCACGGGCGCAUUGGGCCGCCUAUACAACAAGUGGCGGAAGCGUCUCAUCCGAUGUGCCGCCCACCUGGAGGCCUACAUAGACUUUGCCGAAGAGGAGCAAAUUGAGGGCGGCGUCAUACUGCAGCUAACCAAGGAACUGAAGGCUGUGAGAGGCGAGAUUCGCGACCAUUUGAAUGACCAGCGCCAGGGCGAACUGCUGCGUGAUGGUGUGCGCACCGUCAUCGUCGGUGCGCCCAAUGUGGGCAAGAGCAGUCUGCUGAAUCUGCUCUGCCAGCGCUCCGUUUCGAUUGUGACCGAUCAGGCGGGCACGACGCGUGACAUUAUAGAGACGAUGCACAACUUUGGCGGAUACCCGGUGAUAUUUUCCGACACGGCCGGCCUGCGGAGGCACACAGCGGACAGCAUAGAACGCGAGGGGAUGAAAAGAGCAAAGAAAUGUCUCGCUGAAUCCGAUUUAAUACUGCUGCUGACCGAUGCCAUGGCCGUAAAGCAGCUGGACAGCAACGAGACGGUGGCUGGCUAUGUGGAGAGCUAUCUGAAGGAUUUGGAUAUUUCCACGGAUCUGUGUAGCGGAAAGCGAGUGCAGCUGGUGGCCAACAAAACCGACACCCUAUCAGCGGAGGAGUGCCAGCGGCUGGACAAGCUCAGCAGCGUUCUGUCCAUCUCUUGCCAUCAGCCCGCCAAUAUGCCCACAUUCCUCGGCGCGCUCGAGCAGCAGCUGCAGGAGCUCUGCGGCACACCGCGCGCCGAGCAUCCGCGCAUCACAAACGCACGCUACCGUCAACAACUGGAGCGCUGCAUCGAGAACAUUGAUAUAUUUCUGAGAGAUUACAAGCCGGAUGUUUUCCCCGACAUGGCCAUUGCAGCUGCAAAGCUUCGCAAUUCUGUACGCUGCAUUGAACGGAUCACGGGUCACGUCAGCUGCGAAGACAUACUCGACGUCGUAUUCAAAGACUUUUGUAUUGGUAAAUGACUUGAUAUUACAAUAGAUUAUGUAUGUAGCCCCUAAGCGCAAAGUCUGCAAUAAUUUAUAAAUAAAAGUA